GGCGCAAGAGGCACUCCGGGGGCACUUUCCCACGUUCCAUUCUGCUCCCAACCUCAACGCUGCUUAGUCACGUGUGGAUAACAUCCUCGGGCAACAACUUGAGGUGUCCCUAUGCACACCUGAGUCUCCUCCUCCUCCUCCUCGACGACAUCCUUCUUCUCUCCGCCGGAUAGCGGCGCCCCUCCUCUACAUACAGACCUCUCAGCCCGGCGCAGCCUUUUAUGAUGUCCUCGCAUGCCUCUGCUAGCACUGCUGCCCAACCAUUUGGGCGCACUAUGGCAGCGCCACCAGCGCGAUCCUACUCGCGGUCUGAUCCUAUUGACCUCACCCUCGAUGACGACGACGACGCUGCUUCUGCCUACCAGCACAGGAUCUGCAAACGACCAUGCACUGAUACGCGCGAUUUCAACGCCUCUCGCGGCUAUUCUGGCGAUGAUGAAAGCACUGUCUACCAUGCGCCCCAAUCCUCCAAUCUCACACCUUUGAUGUCCACAUCGACGUUGCAUUCGCCCAUGGCACAGUCACCCAUUGAUCGCUCUUUUUGGAGUCACCCCGCGCAUAGCAUUGAUCCACCGCCAUUCCCAUCCACGCCAAAUACUGUUCAUACGCCGCAAUUCACCGGUCCCUCUAAUUCCUCGGCCUUUCAUCUUCGGCAGCUGCCCUCUCAGAAUGGCGCCACAGCGAGCCACGUAUCUCCUCCUUCUCCCCUCCCGCACGCGAAUCCCGAACACUCGUCUAACGGAUCAGAGCGUCAAGUCAUUGAUCUAACCAGUUCGCCGUCACCGCCUCCUGGACCUCCUCGGCUCCAGCAGCCACAGAACGGAAACUUGCCCGUCGAUCUGCCCCCGAAGACACCAGUGUGCAUAGGCCAGUUGUCGGCGACCGCUCUUGUCUUGUAUCCCAUCCCGUAUCUCUUGCCGCAAGACCAUGUGGCAGCAGACUCAGACUGGGCGCCGGUUCGUUUAUGUUAUGAACACACUCCACACAAAGCUGCUGGCCAGGAAACUAUUCAUAUCAAGACGCCUCCGAUGAGAACUCCUACUGGUGAGAUCGUCCCUGGAGAGAACUUCGGCGUAGUGGAACAGAAAGUAGCGACGUAUCUUGGGCCGAUGUUAGGGAAAGGUUUGAUACGGCUAGAUGCCAAGGUACGGAGAGGUCCACCGACUCUUCCGAUCCUGCCUCUGCAAAUGCUGGUGUACACUCCGAAGGGAAACAUACCCGUCGUCGCAAACUUCCUACAUCAAUCUGGCCUGUUCCUCGACCACCCGACUUUGCCGUCUGAUGUACAGCGGGUCAUGAGCCAAUACUAUUACAAUCCGCACAAUCCGCCUCCAGGUGGACACGCUCGUGCCCUCACAGGAAUUGGUCGAUUAGGAUAUUCUGGCCCCGGCGGCAGUGGUAUGAGCCGGUGGGCUACUCCGGCGGUCUCGGGCAAGAGUGUUGAAGUUCAACGGAGCCAAGUGGACGAGCUGUUCAAGAGUUUGAAAGAUGGCGAUGAGUUGGAAGAGACGGAGGCUCCGCCGGAGAUUGCCACCACACUGUACCCACAUCAGAAGAAGGCGCUCACGUUCUUGCUUGAACGGGAACGGGAACGUCCUGCAUACGGAGGCCACUAUUCCUCUCUCUGGCAAGAGAGGUUCAAUCCUAUAUCUGGCCAAAGAUCCUGGUACCACAUUGUCACCCAAAGAGAGACAUUCACUGAGCCUCACGAGGCGAAAAGCGCAAUCCUCGCCGAUGAUAUGGGGUUGGGGAAGACAAUCGCAUGCGUAGCCUUGAUGGCAGCGACGAUGAAGUCUGCGCGAGAGUUCGCUGCUACGCCUCUCGUGAUGCCCGAGCCGCCCCCUUCAGAGCCUGCUGAGCCUGCGUUGAAUGCGGCGCACUUUGAUGGAAGCGUGUGGGGCAUGCCGCCGCCCCAGGAGGCCAGCUCUUCCAAGAAGAAGGCGCAGGUUUCUCGAGAACAUGACAAACAGCGGGCAGAGUACAUCAGGCUAAGUAGGAUCAAGGCGAAGAGCCGCGCUACCCUGAUUGUGUGCCCGUUGUCUACCGUGGUCAACUGGGAAGACCAGUUCCGCGAGCACUGGCGGGGUGAGGUCACUGUUGUCGGCGGAGGAGCCAGCGUUUCAACGCCCUGUACGCCGCAGAAUGGAACCUCGUCCGGGUCGCUGCAUACCUUCGCGUCGUCAUCGCAGACUACGUUUUCGGUUGAUGAAGAUGUCAAGCCUCCAGCGUUGAAGAUGUCAACGAGAGUGCGGGAGGGCGCUCCGCUGCGCGUGUACGUGUACCAUGGUAACGCGCGCAAGGCCGACCCAGCAUACCUCGCCGACUUUGACGCAGUGAUCACGACGUACGCCACGCUCGCGACUGAAUUCUCCAAGCAGAUGAAGAGUAUGGUGACGCUGGAGGAGGAGGACGAGGAGGAGAACAGCAGUGAUGACGACGUCGACCGAGAUAACGACUACAUCAAGUUGCCGAAACCGAAGAAGGCGAGUGCGAAGAAGCGGAAGAAGGGCGCCGGUGCGAACGGGUACACUGAGUUGAGCAGUCCGUUGCAGAGCGUGUACUGGUUCAGGGUAGUCCUUGAUGAGGCUCACUCGAUCAAGGAGCCUACCACUAUCGGUUGUCGCGCGUCCUGCGAUCUUCUUGCUGAUCGUCGCCUUUGCCUGACGGGUACACCGGUCCAGAACAAGCUGGAUGAUGUGUAUGCUCUCAUUAAAUUCCUCCGGCUGGAGCCCCUGGACGACAAGGCUGUCUGGACCGAGUUCAUCGGCACUCCCGUCAAAUAUGGUCAGCCUCUUGGUGUUGUUCGUCUGCAGACAAUCAUGAAAUGCAUCACCUUGCGUCGGACUAAGGAGUCAAAGGCAGAGGACGGCAAGAGGAUCCUCUCCCUCCCACCUCGCAAAGACGAGCUUCGGUACCUGAAGUUCGACAAGCACGAACAGGAGAUAUAUGACCAGUACUUCACGGAGUCGAAGGCGGAGUUCCGCGAACUCUCGAACAAAAACGAGGUGAUGAAGAACUAUGUCGGCAUCCUGCAGAAGAUCCUACGUCUACGCCAGAUCUGUGAUCAUUACGAGCUGGUGCAGCAGAAGAGGCUUGCCGCCGACGGGUCCCCACUAUCGUACGACGACGUUGUCGCUAUAGUUGCUCGAGAAGGACUCAAUUCACAAAGGGCAUCGACGAUCUUCGCCCUGCUUAGAGAAACUGGCGCCACACAGUGUGUGGAGUGUGGCUGCGAGCUCGCAGGCAAUAUCGACGGCUCGCCGGGAGAUGGCAGUCUGGCAGAAGGCGACCAGACUCCAGGAUCCUCGAAGCGUGGGAGGAAGUCGAAGGCGGCUUCUCGCACGUCGACGCGGCAAAAUAGCCCGUCUGUGCCGCGCCCCAUACUCACUCGUUGCCAGCACUUGUUUUGCAGUGGCUGCUUCCGGAGCUCCAUUGCUCCGGGGUGGCCGAACGCAUCAUCGGACGCUCACUGGUACUGCUCGAUAUGUCAGACGCCGCUUGCAGUACAGGACGUGGUGGAGGUCAACCCUGAUCUCGUUCUGAGCGAUCAGACCCCGAAGAAAAAGUCGGUGAAGAAGGAGAAGAGGCAGAAGGGCGGUUCGCUGGAAAAUGUCCAUAUGUCUACGAAGAUCAAGGCGUUGCUCAAUGAUUUGAUCGUAUGUUCCAAGGCGAACCCGUAUUCGACCAAUUACGAUCCUGCUUCUAUUGAGGUGCAGGUGGUCGACAAAAAGGGCAAUUCUCUUGAAGAGGGGAUCGUGAAGACUGUAGUUUUUUCUCAAUGGACAACGAUGCUUGAUAAGAUAGAGGAUGCGUUGGAAGUCGCAGGCAUCCGGUAUGAUCGCCUUGAUGGCACGAUGAAGCGUGACGAGCGCACACGGGCCAUGGAGGCACUGAAGAACGACCCUGGCUGUGAGGUUCUCCUCGUGAGCUUGAAGGCGGGUGGAGUAGGUUUGAAUUUGACCGCCGCUCAACGAGUAUAUCUCAUGGAUCCAUACUGGAAUCCCGCUGUAGAAAAUCAGGCCGUUGAUCGUAUCCAUCGUUUGGGGCAAACACGGCCCGUCACAACAGUCAAGUUCAUCAUUGAGCAUUCUAUUGAGGCUCGUUUGCUAGAGGUGCAGAGAAAGAAGACCGAGUUGGCUAAUAUGACGUUGGGAACGAACUUCACAAAGGCUGAGAUGCUCCAACGUCGUAUGGAGGAGUUGAACGCACUGUUUGGUGGCCCCUGAAUAACCUAUGCAUUAUGAUAUUAUUUUUCCUACCACUUAGACUGUUCCAGCGCUAUAUUGUAUUGCUUCCUCCUCAUUUGCUUUGUAAUUGUUGAUCUGAUCCCAUGCAGUACUCUCGAGUGUAUUAAUGUGGUUAUCUUAUGAGAAAUGAUAAAUCUACCGUAGAUACAUCGAUCCGUGCAAACAAUGUCAUGUUAGAAUCCGAAGUGCCCGGCGUUUUUCUUCCGACCCAAGGAAUAUACUAUCAUUUGG